UUAUUCUCAGUGGUCACAGUCCUUUUGAAAAGAAAGCACGCUAUACUAGACGGGAAUGCAAUGGCAUCAUUUUUUGCGAAAUGUGCAAGAAGGGCGGCAAUGUUUGAGCGAUGAGAGGCGAAUGGAACUUGUAGCCAGUCUGUUGCAGCAGAAGGCUGACAAAUGAGGGGCAAGGACGUUAGAUGCGGCAACAACGUUAGAUGCGGUACUGUACAUGAAGAAAUGUUGAGUGUCUGAAUAUUUAUCUGCUUCACGUCCACCCGACAAAGAACAUGGUGUUUCUCCCUCACCGGCGUACGCUUCGUGUUUCGUCGCUUUUGCUUGUGUCUCAAGAAGCUGCGACUCUCGUUGCAGGGGAGAACUUCUUCAAGCCACUGCAAACAAGGAGCACUGCAGCGUCCUCUUCGCAAGCGAGUGGACGACGAGAUGGGCCAGCGUCUGCGGAGCUCGCAACUACUGGUGCCAGCGUAGCCGGCCUAGCGGAGCAGGAUGUGGUGCAACACGGAGAAACAAAGAGCCAGCUAUCAAAAGCAACGAGAACAGCACGAGCGAGUAAAUCUGAAUCUUCACCUUCCACCGCGGCUGCGAAAGAAAAGCGAGAUGUUUCACAUUUAUCCGAUCUAAAAACCAUCGAUCGACAGGCCCCCGCUGUUACAACUACACCAGAGAUGAAGACAUCGCUACCUUCUUCAGCAGAAAAAUGGGCUAACAACGAUGUUUUAACGAAAGCAAACCUGGAACGCAUCUCUGUCGACGGGUCGCUGCAGGAGAAAAAACAACUGAUAGACUGGAUUCACGAAAAUCUCAUCCCCAGGGAGAACUUCACGCUGCCCUACAUGGGCCCGCCAGGGCCGAAGAACCCGUUGAAUAUUCCGGAGGGACUCAUUCCGCCAGUAUUGCUGCUGUAGGUUAAUAUUUGAGGUUUUGCUUAGCAUUUCUUGACGUAGAUAGUAGAUCUACUGCGGAGGCGGGGGAGUACUUACACUACACUGCUUUGUUGUGGCGGCCAUUUGUAAAAGACGACGAAUUGAUUGUUGGGAAAUAGUGUUAAGAUUCACAUUAUCAGAUCGUGAUUUCCCACGGUAUUUCUUCCUCCUGUUACGAGUUUCAGCGCAUCGAGCUGGAGUCGUUCCUUCGCAACUACCUGAAUACCUACGUGACCUGCAUUUCGACCGGAGGCGACACGCAGGUGCAACAGUACGUCGCGAGCUGGUUUUACGGCUUCAAGUCCAGCAUCGACCUAUGGCGGAAAAAAGUGCGACAGGACCCCAAGUUGCGGAAGGGGUUCAUCGCCUUGGGCUUUUCGCAGGGCAACGGCAUUCUGCGCGGUUACGUACAGAAGUUCAACGACCCGCCCGUGUUAACCUGGAUGGCCUUCCACGGCGUGCUCGGCGGAGAGGGGGCCGUCCCGGGGCUGGACCCGCUCUCCUUAGCGCUCCGGGAAAUCUACCGCCCCAUCAGCAACCUGGCGGGAAUAUCAAAUGCAAAAAUGUCUGGGUCUGGAAGGUUGCAACUUGUCAUGCUAAAUCCGAAUCAUGCAAAAAUCUGUGUUGCAUGAGUGCCAAAAGCUGCCCACUUUCGACCAAGUUAGGAGGGAGUUUCUCAUGCAGGAUAGGCAUGAAAGAGACCUCUCAGACUCUGCCAUGCUAGGCCCCGCAUUCCAGACCUCAAGGGUCAUGGUAAACCUGCAUGACAAGUUCACACUCUUCCAGACCCAGACAUUUUUACAUUUCAUAGGGAACGCUGUGCCACAGUUCCUUGUUGGUUGACAGGAUCACGCCCUGCGGAUACUUCCGGAACCCCAUACAGGUGUUGGAAAUUACUUAUUUCGAUAUUCACUUUCUACAAAGGCCAGGAAAAUACCUGGCAAGCGGAGUGACUUUCGGGUCAUUCCGGAUAAAGCAGUACUGGGUGCCCGUCCACUCAUAAGUUAAAUGAUGAUGAAGAAACAUCAAGGACAAGCACAAAUAUGAUGAUGAUGAUGAUGAUGAUUUCUUUGAUUGCUGUGUGAAGACCUCGUUCUUCUUCUGGUCUUGGGUGGUUGGACCUGGAGGCACUUCUCUCUUAUGCGAAAUAUUUCUGGUCAGCUCGGUCGGGAAGUAGAACAGCGAGCGUAUUUUAAAAAUAAACCGACUCAAAAUAUUCAGAUAUCCGAGCCGACGUACCGGCAGAACAGUGAAAUGGCGAGGAUGAACGGGGAAGAUCGGGACGACAUGCCCGUGCACAAGGUGGACAGCAAGUUCAACGUGACCAAGAAAUUUGUCUUCGUCAAGGGCUUGGAAGACAACAUUAUUCUUCCAAGGGACGCGGAGUGGUGGGCAUUCUACGGAAACACAUACGACAGCAUCUACACCAUGCCACACCAAUCCUGGUUUGACUCUUUUCAAGAAGUCAUCUUCGCACAGAGACUAACUAGUAAUUCAUUCGCGUUGCACGUUGAUCAUGAAGAUUUAUGUGUACCUUCAUGUGCAUGUCGCUGUCGAAUAAUUGAUUCGGGGAAAAAACCAAAAAAACAUCCCAGGUACACCAAUGACACCUUCGGGUUGCGCACAAUAGUAGAAGCCAAGAAGGUUCACUUCCGCACGACGCCUAGGGGCCACAUGGACGUUAUUGUAGUGGAAAAUCACACACUUCUGCGUGUUGCCAUGUGAUUUCUGCUGAUCUUCAUCGCGAUCGCGAAAAUCGGUCAACAAAUUUGAAGAUUACGUACGUCGGGGCACACAGGACGAAGCCCGAAACCCUCAGCACGUGAACAAGUGUAUGAGAUUGGGCAUUGCAGAAGAGACAACGAGGAGUAGAUCAUGUGUGUUCACAUUUCAUGCACAACGAGGUGGAACAGAUUUCUAAUUUUAUUUAGAGUUCUGCAAGAUCUAUGAAAUUAUCUCAUCCCUGAUGGCAGUGUCGCACGAACGCGGCUUUUCCUUCCCAUACCCGUGACGCAGGACGAGAUGAAGGUUUUUCUAGAAGACUACGUCAUUCCGGACUACUACAGGCCACAGACCGCGUUGCAGCGGAACAUCCAACCGAUCGAAGUCACCGCAAAGCGGGAGCUCAUUGUGCCGGAGGUGUACAAAAGUGAUAAUGGCCGCGACCACAGCAACGCCGUCGCUGGGAAUGGGAUUUUCACUGCUGGAAAAACGCCUGACCCGGAGGUGCUUGUCCAGCAGCAGCUUCCGACCGAGCGCGAAAUUUACAUCUGAUCGAGCCACUUUUCACACCGCUUUUUCAUCUCGAUGUCCCCGGAAAAGCAAGGAGAUUGACACAUUUUUUGCGGCAGGGUUUGUGGCAACAAGUGGUGCAGGGUUUGUUUAAUGAAAGUGGUGCAGGGUUUGUGGCAACAAGUUCUUUUAGGUCUUUCUGGUCGGCUCCAGCUUUCUAAUGUACAUCUCAAACUUUUUUUUGCACUUACGCAUUGAUUGAUCAGGAAUGGGAAGGAAUAGCAAGAUCAGGCCUUGUUUUCUUCUCAUCUUCGCACCCAGAAAUGCUGAUAGGCGUAUCUACAGUUUUAUCGGCUUUGAAGCCGUGCUUUUCUUCAACAUAUUUUGCGAGCGCUCAUUUUGCAAACUCUUCGCGUAUACGAACUACUUCGUUCCCCUAAAUGAAAAUGCAUCGCCAUUCUUUUUCUUUGCUUGUCCUCAGUGCAUGAUGCAAUUUUUCAAAGUACCUCUAAAUGUGUAUUUUCAAAGGUGGUGGUGGAGGAUGGUCGGUUGGUGGUCUAACUUGUGACUGCGGUAUACUAUCGCUCCAUCUGCUGUCUCGACUUUGCAAAACGAAGAAACAUUCACAAUCCAUACGACCUGAAGGUCUUCGCGCAGAUGCUGCGACCGAGCGGUGGAC